UUAUUUAUACGGCAUAUAUCCGAUAACGUUCUACAGUAAAAUCUACAAAUACUAACAUUGAUAACCAAAAUAAUUUUGAUCGGUAAACAUUUAGAUUUGGUCCUUUUUCUCCCCAGCUAACGCGUCACGUGUAUUAUUCAAAUACACAUUGCAUUUUCAAAUUCCCGAUAUUACCUCAAUGUUGCAUUAUUUGACAGUCAACCGUCCUUGGCUAAUGGCUACCCAGCUGGUCGGGGCUUGCACAAUAACAACUACGAAGCAUUUCCACCUCAGCAUUUUGCAGUUUGUCGGUCACGGCAGGGGCUUGGCGUAAGGUUGAGCCAAUGUCCCUUGGUUCUGCUGACCAGGGUGGUCUAUCUCAGGCCGCCCCAUCCACCGAAGACAAGGACCAGUCGAACUGUCCCGAUGAAGUUGUGACUGCAGAGAACACACAUGUGGACCAGGGACUGCCGGCAGUAGAUGAAGCCUCUCCCGGUUCGACUUCAUCCUUUGAGAUGCUCGAUAUGGAGCCUGUCCCACCUCCUUAUCAAAAAGUGCAGCCUCACUGGUUCUUCUACAAACAGGGCGAUGACAAUGUGCUUUGGCUCCCUUUUAGCAGAGAAGACUCCGACAAAUUAGAGAAUGCCGACAAUGCAAGAGACAACAAUGAGGAGGUGGUGGUGGCCGUGGAGGGCGAGCGUUAUGAUAUGCAUGUCAAGGAGAGGAAGUGCUAUGCUGUGUACUGGGAACAAAAACCUAUUGAGGUUCGCCGCUGCACAUGGUUCUCCAAAGGAGAUAAAGACAUGAGGUUCACGCCAUACUCUGAAGACUUCAGCAACAGUCUGGAGGACGCUUACAUGAUCGCGGUUACUUUAGACGAGUGGAAAAGGAAGCUGGAUUUUCCCACGGGAGAGACAGUCAUUUUACACAAUCCCAAACUGAUGAUGCAUUAUCAGCCAAUAGGAUUGCAGGAAGACUGGAUCUCCUCGCCAUCCGAGAACACCCGUCCUAGAACAGUCAAACGUGGCAUUAACAACAUCCCUGUAGAAAUUCCCGAUGGUGAACCCGAAAAGGUGGACCACCUUGUGUUUAUGGUCCAUGGUAUCGGUCCUGCAUGUGACCUGCGUUUCAGAUCAAUCAUACAGUGUGUGAACGACUUCCGAAGUGUGUCGCUGUCCUUGUUGGCUUCUCAUUAUAAGAAUGCUCAGCUCGAGGGCAAGGUUGGCAAAGUCGAGUUCCUCCCAGUGAACUGGCACAGCGCAUUACAUGGAGAUGCCACUGGUGUGGAUGAGGAUAUCCAUAGGAUCACUCUGCCUAGCAUCAGCAGACUGAGACAUUUCACCAAUGACACGCUGCUAGACUUGUUUUUUUACAAUAGUCCCACCUACUGCCAGACCAUAGUGGACACAGUCGUCUCAGAGAUCAACAGACUGCACACUCUCUUCAAACAGAGACACCCCAAGUUCAAGGGGGAAAUUUCCGUCGUGGGUCAUAGCCUCGGUUCAUUGAUCCUGUUUGACUUGCUAACCAAUCAGCUAAAUGGUUCAAAGGAAUCUGCAAAAGAGGAGGUGCUGCCUGAUGACCCAUGUCCUCAGGACCAUGAUACACUAGAGCAGACUCUCACCCGACUGGGACUACAGCAAUACUCAACAAUAUUGAAGGCAGAAAACCUGGAUCUGGAAUCACUGGCUCUUUGCCAGGAAAAAGAUCUCAAAGAUAUUGGAAUUCCACUUGGACCCCGGAAGAAGAUCCUGAAAUAUGUCAAGAGAAAAUACUUUUCAGAGGAUUCCAAAGCUGGACGCCUAUCACAAAUGCGACAAGGUUCCCUCUGCUGUGAGGACAACGGUAACCAAUCUCCGGAAUCGGCAGUGGGAAAGGGCCAGUUCCUCAGAACACAGUCCAUCACCAGCGCUGUAGAUUAUGAAUAUUUCAACAUGGGCAUCGGACAGACCAGUGGAGGCAUAGCCAAGGGACAGGUAUCUGUUGAUUAUCCACAGUUGGCGUUCCAGCCUCAGACCUUUUUUGCGUUUGGAUCCCCUAUUGGCAUGUUCCUAACAGUCCGUGGACUUAAACGAAUUGACCUCAACUACAGCUUCCCAACCUGCAAGAGCUUUUAUAACAUCUACCACCCGUUUGAUCCUGUAGCUUACCGGAUUGAACCCAUGAUUAUUUCAGAAGUUGAGUUUGAGCCCAUGCUCAUUCCACACCACAAAGGCCGCAAGAGGAUGCACUUGGAACUGAAGGACAGCUUGGCCCGCAUGAGCAUAGAUUUGAAAAAUAAUCUAUUGGGAUCGAUAAGGACAGCUUGGAAGUCAUUUUCCAGACCGUCUGUUGCUGCACUGCCCCCAGUAGAUGAAGGGGUAACUACAAUAGAUGGAAAACUUCAGGAAACGCAAGGUGAGAACGAGGAUGUGGAAUCGUCAAGCUCAGCAGAGCAGCCGCAGCAGGCAGAGCACGCAGAAAUAAAAAUGGGAAUGUUGAAUGGAGGGCGACGGAUCGACUAUGUGCUUCAGGAAAAACCCAUCGAGAGCUUCAACGAAUAUUUGUUUGCCAUUCAGUCUCACCUUUGCUAUUGGGAAUCCGAGGAUACCGCUCUGUUGCUGCUGAAGGAAAUUUACGACAAACUGGAUGUGACAUUAGAAUAGAUGCAACCGUAAAUUGAUUUUGGGUAAUAAAAUCCACUUCAGGGACCUGAGAGUUUGUUCAAGAAGGACACUUAACAGAUAUUGUGCAAUCUUCCUCGAGAAUGCCUUCUGGCCAGGUGAUCUCUGGUUAGAGAUGUCAGUUAAAUUUUCAGUCACCGCCCAAGUGACAUUGGUGUCCAACUCUUAUCAUGCUAUGUGUUGCACUUUUUUUGUGCGUUUCCUUACCUUCUUGCACUUUGAUUGCUAUCUGCAUAUCUCACACACAACCGUAACUAUAUAUUGUGGACGGUUUUACAUUAUGACCAAGAGAUCAUUUAAAAAAAAAAAAAAGAACGUGUUGAGACAUUCAAACACAAUUUAUAAUAGAAAGUGUUCAAGGGAACGCUCCUUAUAUUAUUUUGUUUUGGUUGACUGAGUUAUUAUUAUUUUUGUAUAGUCAGCAAAGUGAAGUGUUUGCUGUGUUCUAAAAUUUGCUUGCUGCCCACCCAAAGAAGCCAAAAGCUGCUGCUGCUACGAUGUAUAAUUUUGGAAAAAUGUUAUUCUUUUACUUAGCAAUCAAUCCUUAAUCUAUCCAUUUGAAAUUUCUGCUCUUAAGAUAUAAUACUGUCGACUAUGAAGAUGGGAAGAUGUUUGCACAGCUCAAUUUGAUCGUGUGAAGGACCAAAUUCUGCACUCUUGUGUAUCACGCAAGGGAUUAUCCACCAUUAAGAGUUUGCCUUGAUAGCUCAUGUACAGUAGCUCUGCUAUGUUUGACUAUCUCAACAUUCGACUGCAGUUUAUGCAGGUAUGUGCUGAAGUAGCAUAGUUGCCAUUUUGUCAUAUUCAGAGCUUAAUCAAAACCUAAAACCAAUCUAAGGUAACUCAAGUUUGUAUUCAUAUUCAGCAGUCCUUGUUCACCUUCUCGCAACUAAAUUGUUUACUAGACUCUGACGUUUCUAACUAGUUAAAGGUGUAUCUCAAGCAUGUGCAUCUGACAUUUACACUCUCCAAAGAAGCACUGAACAUGUUUUUUGUUUUAUCGUAUACUUGACAUCUCUGCUUUUGCAAUGCACCCUUGACAAGUAUGUUGAUGCGCACAAUAGUGACUCUUUAUACCUCUUUUGUGUGCCAUAAUAAAACAAUGGCUCCUACUCCA